UCAGACAUGAACCUCCAGAUGGCUCUCCAGGCACAGCUAUCAUUGCUGUUGAUGGCACUCGCAGAGUUACAUUUACAGAUCUGGUACCUGGAAAGUUGUACACUAUCUAUAUCAAUACGCAAGGAUUUGACUUGGAAAAUUCAGCUCAACAAAGAACAAAACCAAAUGCUCCAGGUGACAUAAUGUUCACAGACAUGACACCAACCUCAAUAUCUUUCAUGUGGGAGGCAGCGUUGGGUGACUUUGAUUACUAUGAAAUCAGUUACAGUUUAGUCAAUGGGGUUAUGAUGGUUGCUGGCAAUGUAGAUGAAAACACUUUGUCAUAUACACUUGAGAAUCUCAAUACAGACACUGAGUAUACUGUGAGUGUAGUCACUGUUAUUGGUUCCGGAGAUGACAAGGAAAUGAGUGAAGUCUCUAUGGCAAAUAAUGUAACAGAUGCAAUACAACCUGAUGUCAUCCUGGUUUUGGAUGUUACAACUACAUCAAUCACUAUAGAAUGGGGAGAGACGGAAAUUCCUGGCGCUACUAACUAUGCAGCAUUGGCAACCCCUGUAUUAGGUGGAAACACUGCAACACAUGUUGUGGGCAUUGAAGAUAGUAAUCAACACACUUUCACAGGGUUAUUAGUUGGUACUCAGUACAGAAUAAAACUACAAAUUGUAGUCACUGAUAGUGAUGAUAGUGAAACCACAAUCAAUCAAUUUACCCGUCCCAAUGCACCAGGUAGUAUCACAGUUGGUACAGUGACACCCAAUGAAUUACCAGUUACUUGGAUUGCUGCUGCCGGUGACUAUGAUUUCAUAUACGAACUCAGCUAUGCUGCAAACGGUGGUGUACAAACAAUCGUUGACACUGUUGAUAAGUCGGUUACGUCCUAUGUAAUCGACGGUUUGCAACCCGAUACAUCUUAUGACGUCACCGUAAUUGCUAAAGUUGGUACUGGGGAUGAAGCAAUGUUGAGUGAUUCUAGCGUUGUUACUGCUUCAACAGCUGUUAUCCUACCUGGUCAGAUUAUUGUGACGUCUGUCUCAUUUGACGCUAUCGAUAUUAUAUGGGGUGGAUCAAACACUGCUAAUGGUUAUUUCCUGAGCUUAGAUCCACCAGAUGAUGAGAAUACAUACCCAGCCUUCUUACUCAACACAGGUACACAAUAUAGUUUCAGCGGAUUAGUCCCUGGUAAAUUGUAUACCAUAACCAUCACCUACUCCAAUACAGAGUUGGAUGAUGCAGUGGCACAAAUCAGAACAGUUCCCAAACCACCUGGUAUGAUAACCGUGGUAGACAGCCAGCCAACUGAAAUCUCUUUUAGUUGGUUGCCAGCUGAGGGUGAUUUUUCAAACUACCAGAUAUCCUACACUCCGGAUGGUGGGCUCAAAGUGUCUGAAGCCACAGUGGAAACUAGUGUCACGUCAUACACAAUUAGAGAAUUAAAUCCAAGUACUAUGUAUACACUAGAGAUUGUAACAUCCGUGGGAACUGGAACAGGUCUGACGACGAGCGCUCCAAGCACAGCAGAUGUAACCACGACGUCAAUACCCGAGGGGAAAAUUGAAGUUCGUACAGUGACAACUACAAGUAUUCGUAUUCUGUGGGGUGUUACAUCGCAACAAAACUAUGGUUAUUUAUUGGACUUGAAUCCUAGAGAUGGUGGAACAUAUCCUCUGGUUGAGUCUGACUCUAGUGAAUACACAUUCCUGAAUUUGAUUCCUGGAAGAGAGUAUACAAUAAAGCUAACCGUGAAUGGUUUACAAGAUGUUGGUGAUGAGAUCACACAAGCUACCAAGCCCAAUGCGCCUGUUGGUUUCAGUGUUGACAGCUACACUCCGACCACCAUUACUGUACAAUGGAGCACCCCUAAUGGGGAAGUGUCUGCUUAUAUAUUGUCUUACACUGAUCCAGAUGGUCAGCUUAAUACAGCUGGCACUAUGCCAACUGUUAUUACUGCUGGUGUCAUCGUUAUAGGUGAAGUGACAACCUCCUCUAUUAGCAUACUAUGGGGUGCAUCAACCAGUUCUACUGUUAGCGGAUAUCUACUAAGUAUAACUCCAUAUGAUGGCAGUGGUGUCAUGUUUCUGCCAACCAAUGUUAUUUCAUACACCUUUGGUGAUCUGGUUGCUGCUGUUAUUACUGCUGGUGUCAUCGUUAUAGGUGAAGUGACAACCUCCUCUAUUAGCAUACUAUGGGGUGCAUCAAACAGUUCUACUGUUAGCGGAUAUCUACUAAGUAUAACUCCAUAUGAUGGCAGUGGCGUCAUGUUUCUGCCAACUAAUGUUAUUUCAUACACCUUUGGUGAUCUGGUUGCUGGUAGAGAGUAUACGAUAACAUUACAGCUAGCAGGACCCAACACACAGACAGUGAUCUCGGUCAGAACAAGUAAGGAUUAUAUAAAAUUUAUAACGUUUACUGAUAAGUUAUAA